AUGGCCAUCGCCAUGGGCUGGCACAAGCCCGACAAUGUCGCUGGCUCGUCGGCGCCGGCGAUCAUGGUCGGCCUCUUUGUCGCUUCCGGUGGCCUGCUCUUUGGCUAUGAUACUGGGGCCAUCAAUGGCAUUCUCGCCAUGAACGAAUUCAAGGAAAAGUUCGGCACGUGUAAAAACCAGCCCGACAGAGACGACAUCUGCGCCAAGGACUCGGCCCUCAUCGUCGCCAUUCUCAGCGUGGGCACAGCAAUCGGGUCCCUCCUCGCCGCUCCCGCCGGUGAUAUGCUUGGUCGACGACGGAGCAUGCUCCUCGCCGUUGGCAUCUUUUGUAUUGGCGCUAUUUGCCAGGUCUGUGCCGAGGCAUUGCCAGCCUUGUUGGUCGGAAGAGCCCUGGCUGGACUCGGCGUUGGUGCUGUGUCGGUCCUUGUUCCACUGUAUCAAUCAGAAAUGGCUCCAAAAUGGAUCCGUGGUACUCUGGUUUGCGCCUAUCAGCUCUCCAUCACUAUAGGGCUCCUAGGUGCAUCCAUCAUCAACAUUGCCACCUCCAAACUCCACUCAUCGGCCGCCUACCGAAUCCCUCUUGGCCUUCAACUUGUUCCCGCUCUCGUUCUCACCGCUGGCCUCAUGCUCCUCCCCGAAACUCCCCGGUUUUUGGUCAAGCAAGGCAAGAAAGACGCUGCCGGUCUUUCACUCAGUCGUCUCCGACGUCUCGACAUCACUCACCCGGCUCUUAUUGACGAACUCCAGGAAAUCGUCGCUAAUCACCAGUACGAAUUGAGCUUAGGUCCAGACACCUACAAGGAGAUUUUUGUAGGCUCUCCUCAUCUAGGACGGCGAACCUUGACUGGGUGCGGUAUCCAAAUGCUUCAACAGCUUACUGGAAUCAACUUCAUCAUGUACUACAGCACUACGUUUUUCGGCGGUUCUGGCGUUGACAGCCCCUAUACCAAGUCGCUCAUCAUUCAAGUCAUCAACGUUGUAUCUACGUUUGUCGGUGUCUUUGUCAUCGAGUCCUGGGGUCGGCGGAGGUUGCUCAUUGUAGGCGCCAUUGGUAUGGCUUGCUGUCAACUGCUCAUGGCAUCAUUUGCGGCCGCCGCUGGUGAAAGUCUCAAGUCAGCCUCCGCUACGAUACUCAUCGUUUUCUGCUCCAUCAACAUCUUCUUCUUCGCUGCCUCCUGGGGCCCCGUGGCAUGGGUCGUAACAUCGGAGAUUUAUCCCCUAAAAGUUCGUGCAAAAUCAAUGUCUAUUUCGACAUUUUCCAACUGGGUGCUCAAUUUCGGCAUUGGAUACAGUACACCGUUCAUGAUAGGGAAUGGUCCCGGCACUGCUGGUUUUGGAACCAAGAUUUUCUUCAUCUGGGGGACCUUUUGCAUUCUCGCAGUCAUAUUUGUAUGGGCCAUGGUCUAUGAAACGAGCAAAAUCAGUCUGGAACAGAUUGACGAGAUGUACGAACGAGUGGACCAUGCCUGGCACAGCAGACAAUUCGAGCCUAGCUGGAGCUUCCAGCAACUGCUUGACGAAGGAUGGUCGGCCAGCGCGCAGCCUCCUCCAGAUCACGAAUUACAAACAACAUCUUCACAAUCCAGCGCUGAUACCACGCUCGGUGAUUCAAACUCAGUCACCAUCCACAAUAGCCAUGGUGAUGGCAACGAAAUAACGACAGCGUCCUCGGAUGAAAACAAAGAGUCUAUACCCACCAUGGCACACGUUGAUUUUAGCUACUAAAUGGCCGCCCUCAACUCCCCCUCUCCCUUCUACAAAGAGUUGCGUGUCCUAUUUAUAUCCCCGCUCUCUUAUUUCUUUUUCCACCUACUCACUACUUCCGAUAUACGCAGGAGGGGAAGGCUAUUAUCACUAUCAAAACCUUUUUACGUGACAUGUGAAUAUACCAGCGAUGGAGUUAUUGAUGUAAUGGAGUUUUGGGGGGGUUUUGAUUUCUGUUCUUUCUUUUCUUUUUUCUUUUUUUGAUUUUUUAUUACCAUUAUUACUUUUUUCCCCUACAGGGGCUACUACGGGAUCGUUUCGGGUAUAUGGCUGUGGGUGCAUCAGUUUUUUUUUUAAGUGUCGAAGGAAACUUGGAUUUUGGAGGUUUAUUGGCAAAGGAAACCCUCCCCGGCUUUGGUUUUUUGGGACAUGUCUGUCGAAGAUGCAUGUGGAUAUUUUUUUUCGGGGAGCUGUGGACGCAUGGGGGCGUUUUCUCUACUUGCCCCCUUUUCUUUUUCUGCCAGCGUCAUGGCCAAACUGUGAUUUAUGGGCCCGUGAAACUGCUUUUGAUUAAGCCCACGGGCAGAGAACGAACUGGAUUAUGGAUAUUGCAUGUUCAAACUGCGAAAUACCCUUGUCCUAUGUAAAGACAAAUCUUUUCUUUAAUUUUUCAUUCUUCUUCUUCUUCUUCGGGUAUGUUUUAUUAUUACGGUGUUAAAGGUCUUUUUUUGUUCUUCAAUGAGAGGAACUGUCUGCGUGUGUGCAUUUGAUUGUAUGCUUCUAUUCUUCAGCCAACUGGACUAUUUGAAAAGGCUUGUGUGUCUGGGUAUAUCUAUAAAAUAAAAUACGCAAUAUACGCAUCAUGGAAGGAUUCCUGUUGCAAAGAAGAAGGAGAAAUGUGUACUUUGAACAGAAAGAAAUACCAGUGAUACUAAGGGUUAUUCUCAUUAGUAAUAAUUGAAUCAUGCUUUUUCAUUGUGUUUCUAAAAGCAACUCUCUUCUUCCCAACUCACAGACUUACCAAGCUGGGAAAUUGUG